AGGAAGCAAUGGAACUGAUAGUCAUCACUAUGCUAUGUAUUGGCCUCUUAAUUUUGCUGACUCCCUGUGCUUCUCUCCAAAUUCAGCUGCAACCAUGGCAUGGGCAAGCCCAUGAUGAUCUUAUUUCUCAGCACCUUGGAGAUGCCUAUGAUCUGCAGCAGCAUUCUUUCUCUAAAAUGCCAAGGAAGCUCAGACUCAUUCAGGUAGCAACUGUGAAAAGAGAUGGAGAAAAAGAUUCCAUGUCUCAGCACCACAAGAAAAAGGCAGAUUUUUCAGGCAAGCCAUGUGACAAAGAACCGGGCCUGAGGCGUGGAAGAGGUGGAACAAUGAAGGAAUGGAUGGAGGGGGCCGACAUGUCUCAGUUCUUUACUAUGGAUUAUUCCCACGUGAGAAGACGACGACCCAUACAUAACAAGUCUGUGCCGGUUGGUCCUUGAAACAUGGACAUAUCAGAUUUCAUUUCCAGAGUACAAAACAAACUUUUUUAAUACACUACUAAAUAAAGUAAUGGUAUUUAAUUAGGGAAAUGGGGAGAGUGUUCUCUUCAAGUUUUGUUGACCGACACCAUGGAGUAUGAAUCCUAUAUAGAUAUGAGACAAGCUAGAACACUAUCAGAUUGUGUGAUUUCACUUUUUGUUUUAUGAACCCGAAGUGGUCAAAGAUUGGUACCAAA